CCAGCGGAGUAGCUGCGGCGGCGCUGACUCUCCCACACGCGGGUCGUCUGUGGACGCUGCCUGCCUGGCCGGCUCUGGACAUGGCGGCAGCGGCCCCGGAGGAGGAGGACCGCCGACCCAUCCGGAGGGUCCGAUCCAAAAGUGACACGCCUUACAUCAAUGAAGCGAGGAUUUCUCUGCACCUGGAGACAGCUGAGGAAGUGGAGAGGCUGGCAGCGAUGCGCUCUGACUCACUGGUACCUGGCACACACACACCUCCAAUUAGGCGGCGAAGUAAAUUUGCCACCAUAGGGCGUCUCUUUAAACCCUGGAAAUGGAGAAAAAAGAAGAGUGAAAAGUUCAAGCAGACCUCUGCUGUGCUAGAGAGGAAAAUGUCCACACGGCAAAGCAGAGAAGAGCUCAUCAAGAAAGGAGUGCUGAAGGAAGUAUACGAUAAAGACAGUUCAUCCUUUUCUGCACGGGAGGAGGAGAAGCUGCAGAAUGGUCAAUCUGCGGCGAUUGGAUGCAGCUCGUCAGAGUCAGAAGGCGCUGAGCCGAUGGAAGGCGCAACAGCAACAGGAGGCUCACAAGAUUUUGAGAUUACCAGUGAGGGCACAACUCAACAGGACCACACCCAGAAUUUAAACCAGGCUUUUCCAACAAAGAAGUCUUCUUUACAUCCAGGGGAUGAUGUUGAAUCAUCACUCCAAAGAUCUCCUAUGUUACACAAGCAACCACCUGCACUACCACCCAAACCUUUCACCAGGAUAACAAAUCACAACACAGAUGGCACCCCGGUAAAGUUGCCGUGCAUGUCGGUGAAGUUAUCUCCUACUCUACCUCCAAAGAAGCUCAUGAUCUCCGUACCUGCAGGGAGCAUGGAACCCUCUGAACUUGCCUUCAAGAAGUGCUCUGCCCCUUCCAGCCAUGUUCCUGUGGGCGGGCACCCUCUUCACUAUGGGACACUUCCUAUCCACCCGCCCAGCAGAAUUAUCGAAGAACUCAACAAGACCUUUGCCCUGACCAUGCAGAGGUUUGAAAGUUCUGUAUUGCGUGCUGUUCCCACACUGAUGAUCGAUUGCGACAACAAAGAGAAUCUUUCAAAUGAAGCAGAUUGCGACGAUCUAUCUGUUAUGUACGAGGACGACGAAGAAGACUUUGAAGAGGAGAACGAAGAGGUGGAGGACGAGAAGGAUGAGGACGAAGACGACGAUGACGAUGAAACUUUGUUUAUAAGCACACUGGCCCUGAAGGUGUUACGAAAAGACUCUCUUGCAAUAAAACUGAGUAAUCGUCCAUCGAAAAGAGAGCUGGAAGAGAAGAACAUCCUACCGCUGCAGUCGCAUCAGGAGAGGCUUGAGUUCCGACAGCAAACUGCGACCAAACUCACCAGGCGGCUAAGUCAACGUCCAUCUGCAGAGGAACUGGAACAGAGGAACAUCCUGAAACCACGGAAUGAUACAGAGGAACAAGAGGAGAAGAGGGAGAUCAAGAGACAUUUGUCCAAAAAGCUCAGCCAAAGGCCCACAGUGGAGGAGCUGAGAGAAGCAAAGAUCCUCAUUCGGUUUAGCGACUAUGUGGAGGUCGCAGAGGCUCAGGACUAUGACAGGAGAGCCGAUAAGCCCUGGACGAGACUAACAGCUGUGGACAAGGCUGCCAUAAGGAAAGAGUUGAAUGAAUUUAAAAGCACAGAGAUGGAAGUGCAUGAGUCGAGUCGUCACUUCACCAGGUUCCAUCGGCCAUGAACUGAAGUGGGAGGUUGGUGGUGUUUCUCCUCCCACACCAGUGAACAGGAAUGAACACCGUCGACUGCCCUAUGCUGUCCUUACUCUGCGGAACACCUCUCUGGUGGUCGCUGACAACAGGCAGGCUUCUGGAUCAGCAUCUUUUUUCAGUACCUUUUAAAUUUCUUCAUAUUUGGAAAAAAAAAAACAAAAUUUUUUUUAUGUUUGUGAACUUUGCACUUUUCUUUAUGAAAUGUUAUUUUAAGUCAAUCUGCCAAUUCUAAUGAGUCUGAGGAGGAAGACUGGACUUAAAAACUGAUUUUAGAAAAUUGAUACACUGUAUCAAUUAUUUGUAAGGUCAAACUUAAGUAUUUUAACUAAGACAGAUAUAAGUAUUUUCUAAAAAAAAAAACAGAAAAAAAAAAAAACGUGUGACAAUUGCACUAUGUUGGCAAUUGUCACAGGGUAGUUGGACACAAAAGGUUGACUAUUAACUAUUGUUACCUUUAUUAAGUACAAUUCAUCAAGCCAAUGUUAGUGGGCCUAUUACUCCUUCCAAUUAAUUGCAACUUUCACCACUUGCCCUGUUCUCUCAAAAUCAAUGUCUUCAAAUGAAUCAAUGAACAGAGCAAUAAUCUCAGA